ACAGUCAGUAGCCCCUCUGUCAUCACUCACCACUCACCACUCACCACUCACCGACAUGUCGCAGCUCUGUGUAUGUGUCGUCAUCACCAUCAUCGUGUCGUCAGUGACAACAUCCCCUCAACACAGGCCUCGUCCUCCACACACAUUCCGUCGUCCUGACUAUGGUCGCAUUGGUCUGUGUCCGUAUAUCAAACGUGUAGUGCCAGACAUUCAUGAGGCUCACAGACACCUCGGUAACAGUGGGGAGCCUCCCUCACUGUGUGGCAACCUGUGUACCAGCGACCACGAGUGUCCAGACGACCAGAAGUGCUGUCCCACACACUGCGGAUACACAUGCUACGACCCAGUCUUUAUUGCUGACUGAACAAAAUAAGAGAUGAAUCUGUAAAUAUUACUG